AUGACAGCUCUCGUGCAAGUGAAGCAUGAGCUACCGAUUCCGUUCAACAACUCGUUGGAGUCCUUCGAGCUCAUUACACAAGGCGCGGAAGCACUACUCUACAAGACCACCUUCCUCACCUCAGAUUUUCCCGCGGCAUUGAAGGUCCGACCGAAGAAGCAAUGGAGGCAUCCCACUCUGGAUAAGCGUUUGACGCGACAGCGAAUCCUGGCCGAAUCACGAGUCUUGGUCAAGUGCAAAAAAGAUGGCGUGAGUGUGCCUGCAAUCCUCGGCUUGGAUUGGGAGAAUGGCUGGCUAGUCAGUGAGUGGAUCGAUGGUAGAAUGGUGAAAGAGGCGAUCCAACAGCGGGAUCUGGCAGAUGAGGAGGGCUUGAAGGUAUUGAUGGAGAGAAUUGGAGCGGCUGUUGGGAAGUUGCAUUCUGUAGGUGUGAUACAUGGUGAUCUGACCACGAGCAAUAUGAUGCUGCGCGCGGGUGGAGCCCAUGCAUCAAAGAGCUUGGAAGGCGAGAUUGUGCUCAUUGACUUUGGGCUCGCAACGCAGGCUCAGCAAGAGGAGGAUCGGGCGGUGGACUUGUAUGUGCUGGAACGUGCUUUUGGCUCGACACAUCCGAAGGAGGAGGGCAUGUUUGAGGAAGUGCUGAAGGAGUAUGGUACGAGCUAUAAGGGUGCUAAGAUGGCGUUGAGAAGGUUGGAGGAUGUCAGAAUGAGGGGGAGGAAGAAGAGCAUGAUUGGAUGA